AUGUGUAUAUUGCGCAUAUCUAUCACUAUCUAUCUAUCUCUAUCUUUCUUUCAUCUAAUCUAUCUAAAAUCUAUUCUAUCUGUCAAAAAAAAAGUUCUAUCUAUCUAUCUAUCUAUAUCUAUCUAUAUCUCAGUUUCUUACAUAUCUAUCUAUCUGUCUAUCUAUCUCAGUCUGUUCAUAUCUAUCUAUCUAUCUAUCUAUCUAUCUAUCUAUCUAUCUAUCUAUCUCACCAUAUCUAUCUAUCUAUCUAUCUAUCUAUCUAUCUAUCUAUCUAUCUAUCUCAAUUUCAAUCAUAUCUAUCUAUCUAUCUAUCUAUCUAUCUAUCUAUCAGUUUGUUCAUAUCUAUCUAUCUUCUAUCUAUCUAUCUAUCUAUCUUUCAUUCUCUAUCUAUCUAUGUUCAUCUCUGUCUCUAUAUCUCUAUCUCUUUUUUUUAUUCUGCUCACAAAUAGAAAACUCAACGCAUUUUGUUCAUCAUCUAUCUAUCUAUCUAUCUAUCUAUCUAUCUAUCUAUCUAUCUAUCAUGUUAUAUUCAUAUUUAUAUAUCUAUCUACCUGUCUGUCUGUCUAUCUAUCUACUUACCUAUUCUCUAAUAUGUUUUUACUUGGUCUUUUUAAACUGAGUGCUAUGGUUCCCUUUGCUCGCAGCGUUUACAUGCAUGCAAAGACUCGGAUACGUAAUUUAAAAUCUUUCAAUUUAAUCUAUCUAUCUAUCUAUCUAUCUAUCUAUCUAUCUAUCUGUUCAUUAUCUGUCUAUUCAUCGAUCUAUGUAGUAGUUCAUUACCUAACAGCUCAUUAUCUAUCUAUCCAUCUAUCUAUCAGUAUCUAUCUAUCUAUCUAUCUAUCUAUCUAUCUAUCUAUCUAUCUAUCAAAACCUGUUUAUAUCUAUCUAUCUAGUGUUUGA